AUUACCUGGUGCGUGUCCUUCUACAGCUUGUCUGCAAACUAUGGACGCAUUCAGAGCGUAUAAGAAUUGCGCGUGCUUACAACUGAAAAUAAUUAUCAUACUUAACCUGGCAACACUAUUUUCUGAUUAGCUGAUAGGUUAAACGUUACCUGGCGGACUAAAAUCGGACGUCCGCCUAACGUUGUGAAUGAAACGUUCCUGGGCGGACCAAAAUCGGACGUCCGCCUAACGUUGUUAAUGAAACGUUCCUGGGCGGACCAAAAUCGGACGUCCACCUAACGUUGUGACUAAAACGUUACCUGGCGGACUAAAAUCGGACGUCCCAAAACGUCACGGUGACGUCGCUUGUUAGCUUGGUUAACCCCUACCCAGCCCGAACUUUAACCAUAAGUAACCAAACUAAAUACUAGACUUUUUAAAUUUUUUGAUUUCAUCCUGAUUUUUGUGGGGUCCCCACGACGUUAAAAUAAUAGGUUUUUAUUACAUUGUGAGGGCCAUUUGGUCCCCACAAUGUAAUAUAAACAUAAUCCACACAAACACACGCGCGCGCCUGAGCGCUCUGGACACAGGAAUAAUUUACCCAUAUAGCACAUACCACCAAUUUGCGGAUUAAAUUUCCCGUAUCGUGCAUGGCAACUACGCAAACAUACAAACAUAUACGCAAUACACGUGAUUCAGUGCAUAAAAUACUAAAACACCAAAAAGACAAACAUGCAAUGCACAUAUUUAAAAAAAAAUACUUUUAUAAUUGUGUUUCCUGUGCACACCUUGAAUUUGUCGUCAUAUUUUCCUCAUCUGGAUUUUUGUUUCGUUCUGACUUCUCAAAUGGGCUGUUGAAAGGGGGAAAAAAUCACAAUAAUAAACGUCCUUAAGAUUUAAUGCGUUGUCAUUCUUUUUUCAAUACAACAAGGACACCGUGUGGGUCCCUCGUUCACAAACGCCUCUAAAUGUUGUCCGCACUCCUUCUGCUCAUUAAAAGCCGUGCGUACAGCGUCAGAAAGCAGCAAAAUACCAUGGACUUUAAUUCGACGGGGGCAGGGGAAGCACUGAAGUAUACUAACGGGAUCAUUUAAUGCUCUGAUUGCGCCUGGUUCCGGACGCGCCCCAGCGGAGUCCGGUCCGGUCUUUGCUCUGGGUUCUGUAUGUCCUCCUGUCGGAGGAUCUACGCUUCUGAAAGUACCAGAUGCACUGACAUCCAGUGCCUGUCAUUUAACCCCUCGAACCGCAGCAAUUCGGUGGCUGUAAAGACAAGUGAGCUACAGCCUGUGGUCACAUGAUGCCUCUGACAGUAAACCUGAUUGGCCCAUCUCCCUGGGGCUUCCGAGUAUCCGGAGGGAAGGAUUUCAAGAAAGCACUAAUUGUUUCCAAGGUCAGUGGGGGCAGCAAAGCAGAGCUAGCAGACCUGCGGGUAGGUGAUGUCAUCCUGGAGGUCAAUGGGGAGAGCACAAGUGAGAUGCUGAACACUGAGGCACAGAACAAUAUCAGAAGCUCCAGGACACUGCUUCGGCUGCUGGUUGCCCGGCCAGGACCACCUGGUCCGGGAUGCACUGAUGGGAUCACUCCUCCAGAGCAGGAGGUGCUCUUUGCAAGUCAGAGCAGCAGCGUGGAGCCCGUCUCAUCCAGAGUUAGUUUCCCAGAGCCACCCGACAACCCCAAGGGGAUUAUGGGGACCCAUACUCCAGCCAAAGCCAAGAGGUUGUGCAGCAUCCAGCCUCGAACCUUCAACCACGGGCUUGCCAGACUUGCAGCCCAGGAUCUCCUCUCAGCCGCCGAAAAGGGCAGCUCUACACCCAGUCUGACUGCCCCCCCCCCAGUAAGCCUGCUCUCCCCGGACCCCAGCGAUACAGAAAUGCCCGCUCCUCACAGACAAAGCAUGGAGAGGCUGGAUCGUGACUCCGAGGUCUACAAGAUGCUCCAGGAGAACAGGCACUCACGCACCCAACCCCGCCAGUCAUACAGCUUCCGCCUGCUGCAGGAGGAACUGGAGGCAGGAGAGAAAGGUGAAAACUCGCGAUUGCCGCCGCGGCUGAGCAGCUCCGCCUCUGGCUCGCAGCAGCUGCACACCUGUGAGAGAUGUGGCACCAGCAUUGUCACGCAGGCUGUACGCAUCACAGAGGGCCGCUACCGACACCCAGAGUGCUACUCCUGUGCGCAGUGUGGCCUCAGUCUGAAGAUGCGUGGCCACUUCUGGGUGGGGGAUGAGAUGUUCUGUGAGAAGCACGCCCAGGAGCGGUACCGAGGUCCUGGCAGUGGGCGCCGAGCCGCCGUCUCCCCUCCCCAUUAGACCCCCCCUCCCCCCCCAGCAUCCUCACUUUCACAGAUACCGGUCACUGUGUCAGACCCUGGUUCCCCGUCUAACUCUAGUAGCUGCUCCAGCAGUUGAAGCCCAGCUUGGCCACUGGGAUCAGGCUAUUCAACCCCAUACUUCUCCAAAGCCCUGGUCCUCACCCUCUAAGCCCUGUGGUGACAAACUGCCCCUGUUAUUUUGUCUACUGGAUUCCUCCAUUGCGAAUGAGCUGGACAAGGACGCAGUGGUGGAGAAGCAGUACCUAGAACCUCUAUGAUCUUUGACUCUCUUUUAACAUUUUUUUUAGAGAAAUUAUAAGUGCUCCUCCUCCCAGCAGUGCAGGAGAGAACCAUAGAAGGCAGCAUUUGGCUUUGAUUGGUUAUAUAGCAUCAUACAUUUUAGGCUGAUAUCAAGUGCUGCCUUGUCCCAUAUUUUAUAAUGUAAUUCAUAAAACAAGUUACAUUCAUGUCAGUUCAGUAGGUGAUUGUGCCUUAUGUGUCACAGGAAAUAGAAAUAAUGAUAAAGAUCAUUGCACCUGAACUCCUAGACUAAACACAAUGAAAGGUAACUGAAAGGCAUGUAUUUUUCUUGAUCUUAUCACUGUUGUACAUGUGGGUGUGAAAAUGAGAUUUCCUUAUCCUUUGGGCAUUUUCAAAGUAGCUAGUUUUAACCAGAAUGAAAACGGAUUGUCAGGUUUUUUGUGCUUACUGAACUUAAAUAUGAACCAAAGACAUUCCAUCUAGUUGUUUUGUGAUAAUUUGCAAACAUCCCGGUUGAUAAGUGGUCUGCCUUUGGCUUUUUCUCUUUCUUUCUGAAAGCUCUGGAAUGAUAGCCUGCUCUCACUAUACUAUGAUAUUUGACAGUGUAAUGCCAGAUUUUGUCAAGAGAGCUGGUCCGAUUACCGAAUGUGGAAGGAAUUGCGAUGGGAUUGAGGUACAGACCUAAAUUAAGAUGAUAUGCGUGACAGAUUCCACAGUGGUAUGGAAACAUAUCGCUCAAAGUGAAAAUCCCCAAAAAAUAAAACGCAAAUUGCAGUUA